AUGAAGCGGGGGCCGCGCGCGCCUAAGAAGCGCGCGCCAGCCAAUCAGCGCCGCGCGCCGCCCAGCCUCCGCCCCCCAUUGGCCUGCCCGCGGCUCCCGGGCCGCGGACUCCGGACGCGCCCGCGGGCCGCCCCCCGCGCCCGCCCGCCCCCUCCCGGCGGCCCCUGCUGCCGACGUCCCCCCCGCCCCAGGACCCGCGCCCCGCGGCCGGCUGCUGCGCCCCCUUCUCCAGGCCCGCGUGGUCCCCCUACCCUCCGGGCCCUGCUCCCAGUAACUACCCUCCAACCGGGCUCCCUCCCCGGGAGCCUGGGCGCACCCUCUGGGUGUUCGGGUGUCCUCUCCCGGGGACCCCAGUCCGUCCACUCUCGGACCCCGCCUCCUUUACCACUGAACGUGGCCGCGGUGGUCCACCUACCUCCCCAGGCCGUCCCGUCCUCCAGCGGGGGCUCUGGCCAGACCGGGGGCCAGGGGGUCGGAGGACAGCUGCGGGUCAGGAGCAGCGAGGGGCAGGAACUCCAGGGCCCCCCCACCGACGGGCCGAACUGCUUGGGGCGAGGCCGUGCAGACCCGGACUGGCGCCGGCGCCGGCUCGAAGGAGACGCCUCGGGGCAGGAGGAGGCAUUUUUCUUCCUGGGGGGUGGGGUAAAGGAGCGGGGGGACAGGGGUGCAGAGCCCUGGGCCGAGGGAACCCGAGCGUCUCUGGCCCUUGGAGACACGUCUGCCCUGGCCGCCCGCCGCGCCUCCUGCUCCGGGGAGCGCGGGGCCGGGCUUCUCGGAACUCCGCUUCGCAGGAGAGGAGGCCGGCGCUCGCCGCGUAAGGCGCACCGGGGCCGGGAGCGAGAGCUCCAGGCCUUGAGCGCCGAGCCUCGGCUGCCGGCCGGGGCAGCUUACGAUUCAUCAACGCGUAAAACGCGAUCGCCGCGAAGCGUCCAGCCUGCCGUGCCUCCUCAGAGCCCGGCAGGGGCUUCUCAAAGACAACGCGGCACCGGGGACAAUCCCCGGUGUCCGGAAAGGCCGCCCCAUGGAGUUCAAACUCGGGGACCGAGCGCGGGAGGCCCCGGACUCGCAGGCCGGCCGCGAGGUGGUGAACGCCGGAGCCGAGCGGAAGCUUACCGCCGGCCGCGAUCCCAGCGUCGGCUCGCAGGGAGACGGUCGUUCCGAGCCUUCAGGAGAGCAGAGGCGACCCGCUGCACUCGGGAGGGCGGGAGGGCGGGAGCAGCGCUGGAGUUGGACGUGUGCCCCUUGUGCAUCUGUGAGAUCAGUGUGACCGAGGAGCUUGUGAUAGGGAGUGGGUGUUUCCAGGAGUCUGUGUACACGCUGCUGCCUGUCCCUGUGGACACACACAGGAGUGGGGCGAUUAUCGGAGCCCUUUCAGAGCGCGCACAACAAAUGCGCCCGCCAUCGAAAGCAUCAUUUACCACCGCAGAUCCGCGCGUUGAUGGGCAGGCAGAUAGCCGUCCGUGGGGGGCAUUCGGGCGCCCGGUGCGCGGGCCGCCGGCCUGCCUGCCUGCCGAGGGCACCCGAGUGUGUGUCCCCGGGUGUGCCCAGCGUGUGCAGAUGAGCAGGGCGGUGUGCCAGUGGGUGGGCACCGAACGAGCAGGGGUGUUGGCGUACCUGCGGGCACGUCGAACAAGUGUGAGAUGAAGAAGCGG